AUGGAGACCAGACUGAGAAUGCUGGUUUUCACUUUUAUACUUACAGCAUCGGUCCUCUUAGCAUCAGGGAGACAAGGUUCUCAACACAGACAAGAGGAUGUACUGUUCAAUGAAAAUGUAAAUUUCAAAACCAAGAUGUCAAAGAGGGACGUAGCUGCCGACUACAACUCCAACACUGCUCUAUUGCCUGCUGAUACUCCAGAUGAUUCUGGCCCCAGCCCAGCUGAGGGAGAUGGCUCUGACCUCCCUACCUGUCUGCUGUGUGUAUGUCUCACUGGAUCUGUGUAUUGUGAGGAAGUCUCUCCUGAUAUGACAUCGGUCCCUGCUCUGCCUAAGGAAACAGCUUAUCUCUAUGCCCGGUACAACAAGAUUACAAAAAUCACAGCCAGAGACUUCUCAGAUAUUGUAACUCUAAAAAGAAUCGAUCUGACUGGGAAUCUCAUUUCGGAGAUUGAGGAUGGGGCUUUCUUAAAACUUGAGUUGCUUGAGGAGCUUUCUCUUGCUGAGAAUCAGCUGGUGAGGCUUCCAAUGCUGCCACCCAAACUAACCUCUUUCAAUGCCAAUCAUAACCGGCUCAGGACCAAAGGUGUCAAGGCAACUGCUUUCAAGAAACUGACAAGACUGAAAAGCCUUUUCCUUGCUCACAAUGAGUUGGAGGCAGUCCCAAUAGUUCCGGAGAGUGUGCGCAUACUCCAUCUUCACAACAACAACAUUUCAACGGUCAGCACCGAUACGUUCUGCAAAGGAAAUGACACAUACUACAUACGACCUAACCUGAAUGAGAUAAGAAUGGAUGGGAACCCAGUAAUCCUGGCACAGUACCCCAACAGUUUCACCUGUCUGCAGUCAUUGCCAGUUGGAAAAUAUCAUUGA